AUGGCUGAAAACCAAUCGACGCACCUCGACUCCGCCGUUGUCGCCUUGUGGCCGUUUGCUCCAGAAAACCUAGACCCAGCCGCGAUUUUGAUCAUCAGCGACUUCGUCCAUCAGGUUUUAAUGGGUGGACCAAGAUGGAAAGGAAAAGGGUCAGAAGCAAAAGCCCUUGAAAUUCCCAUGUCAAAGACAAUUUCAGAUCUCCAAUCUUCUCUAAUCAAAUCCAAUUCUUCAGGAAUACUAUCAGGCUCUAGUGUACUUCUUGCAACUAAUCCUGACCAAACUGACCUUCUAAAUCAAGCCUGUUUUGGUCGACCAAUUAUAACAAUCGAUAAAGAUAAACAAUGGUUUGAGUUGACCUUAGAAGAAGCCUUUUAUCUAUCUUUUUCUCUAAAUUGUAUAAAGAUUGUAACUGGUGAUAAUGUUAUAAAAACAAAUAACGAGUUAUGGGACUAUAUCAAUAUGACCUCCAAAAGGGUAUCUUUUCCUGAUUUCUUUAAAGCUUAUUCUCAUUUAAGAGCCAAGAAUUGGGUCGUGAGAUCCGGGUGUCAGUAUGGUGUUGACUUUGUGGCAUACUGUCAUCAUCCUUCACUUGUUCACUCUCAAUACAGUGUGCUGGUUUUCUCUGAAGGGAAUCGGAAUCGGAAUCAGAAUUGGAAUGGGAAUGAAGAUGGGAAUGGAAUCGGGAAUGAUAGAUUGAGGGUUUGGUCUGAUUUUCAAUGUAUGCUUCGGCUUUCUGGUAGUGUUGCAAAGACAUUGUUGAUUCUUUAUGUAAAUAAAAAUGGUGAAAAUGGGGUUGAUUCACCUUGUUGUUUAGGGAAUUAUAGUGUUGAAGAGCGAACAAUUACAAGAUGGAAUCCAGAAAGUUUUAGGGAGGAUCAAGAGAAUGUGGAAAAUGGGACCAAAUUCUACGGAAUUCUGUCCAAAAGGCACUAUUCCGAUCAGAAGAACCACCGAAAAAGAUAUUCUUCGAUAGAACCACCAUUUGAGAGGCCAAAGGGGAAUGACACCAUUGAUGAAAACUUGGAGGCAGAAUCUAUGGAAUUCUGUCCAAAAGGCACUAUUCCGAUCAGAAGAACCACCGAAAAAGAUAUUCUUCAAGCACGUUCAGUAAAAAUACGGUGGUUCCUAUAUUUGGAAGAAAGAUCUGGAUAUUGUGAACAAAACGACAUCCGUUUAUCUCAUGUUACUGUUUAUGAGUCUUUCCUAUACUCAGCUUGGAUCAGGUUAGCCACAGAUGUCGAUGAACACAAGAGAAAGGUUCGUUAUACCCUUAAAUUUGUUCUCCAUGAGGCGCUCGAUUCAGUUUGGGUUCUCCAUUUAUGCGAUAUGACUGAAGUUUUAACUUAA